AUGUCCAGAUCUGUGUUCUCGGGAUUCAGGCGCUUCGCUAAGACUCAGCUUGCCUCAGGAGGUAGCAAUUCCCCUCGAGUAGCAUUAAGAGGCCUCUGCUUUUAUGCUCUAUGCUUUUCAAUGGUCUUGAAGCUUACACCGGCUCUGCCUGCAACGAUGCGAUAUGAGAGCGAGAGUUUGGUAACUAUGAGGCAAGUAUACCCAAAUCAGCCGGGAAUGGCUGAAAAUUACUGA